AUGACGGAUGUCAACGUGCUCGUCGACGAUGCCGUGCUUGCAGUGGAAGCCGUCAUUGAACGAAUCAAGAAACCGGUAGAUCAAAUUGCUGUAUGCUGCGACACACUCACACACCAUGCCAGACGAUCGAACAGCCAACGAGGCAGUCUGAUAUUACCGCCCGAGGACAGUGUCGAUGACAAGCAAGGGAACGCCUCUAAGACUGAAAAACACUAUAUGGGAUACGACUACAAGCCGGACGAGCUUGUGUUUUCUUCAGCGGAUGGUCAGAUCAAGGGCGGUACAUUGGCAGCACUGAUUGAACGACUGACGCUACACGACCAAUCCGACACCAAAUUCAUCCAGUCAUUCUUGUUGACGUACCGCGCCUUUUGCACAUCAAGCGAUCUUUUUGAACGACUCAAAGCACGCUUCAACAUACAACCGCCUGCCGAUCUGACACCGCACGAACUCAACGACUGGAAGGAAAGCAAGCAAAAACUGAUCCGGCUACGCGUGUUCAAUGUCUUUAAACAUUGGGUCGAGCACUACAUGAGCGUUGAAGAAGACCAGGGCGUCUUGAGCGACUUGCUCGAGUUUACAAACACCACCCUACGGGCAUCCAUCAGCUUCUCAGCCAACCAACUCGAACGAUUGAUCCGACGACGUCUUGAUUCCGAUCCGCUGCGCAAAUUCGUUGUGAUGCAACCACGCGAACAGCCAACGCCCCUAUUACCACGCAACGUGAAAAAGUUCCGUCUCUUGGACAUCCACCCGUUAGAGAUGGCACGCCAGCUGACCGUGAUGGAUUUCGGCCUCUACCGUGCCAUUCAGCCCUCCGAGUGUCUGGACAAGGCUUGGUCCAGCAGUGACAAAUCCAAAGGCGUCCACAUCCGACAAUCGAUCGAAUACAACAAUCAAGUCACCCUGUGGGUCUCGGACGCGAUCCUGUGUCAGACCGAUGUCAAAAAGCGAGCCAACACGGUAAAGUACUGGAUCCAAGUCGCUGAAAAAUGUUGUCAGCAGCUCCACAGUUUCAACACAUGCAUGGCUAUCCUGUCUGCGUUUGACAGCAGUGCCAUUGCCCGUCUGCAACGGACCUGGGAUUUCGUGGGCUCGCGUGCACAGCAAACAUUGAAUGGGAUGCGCAAAGUGUUUGCUUCCAACAGAAACUUUGCUCAGUAUCGAUCGCUGGUCCAUUCGGUCAAUCCACCCUGCAUCCCUUUCCUGGGCGUAUACCUCCAGGACCUCACUUUUAUCGAGGAUGGGAACCCGAAUAUCUUGAAAAAUAGCGAGCUGAUCAACUUUGGCAAGCUGGCAAAGACGAGUGAGGUGAUUCGGGAGAUCCAGCAGUAUCAGUCGACGCCGUAUUCUUUCAUGUCCGUGUCGAUGUUGCAGAUGUUUAUCAAGGCGAAUCUGCAGAGUGCCCGUGAUGAUGAAUGCUUAUAUGCCGAAAGUUUAAAGAUAGAACCAAAAGAACGAACGGAUGAAAAAGUGACCCGACUACUUGAAGAAUCUGGAUUCAUCUAG